AGCCAAGCCCUAUCCGCAGUGGUCAUCGGCUCGUACAAGAUCCCGGCCUGGUACAUGUCACCUUACCCCCAGGAGCUUGUCCAGCGCGAAACAAUCUUUAUUUGCGAGUUCUGCCUUCAAUACUUUGCCACUGCCAACCAGCUCACUCGCCACGCGCUCCGGCCACAUCGUUUUCACCCGCCACACCCCCCCGGAGCUGAGAUUUAUCGCGCAGGCAACCUCGCCGUCUGGGAGGUUGAUGGGGCUGUUGAAAAGGUCUACUGCCAAAACCUUUGUCUCCUGUCCAAACUGUUCCUGAGCACAAAGACGCUGUACACGGAUGUCGAACCCUUUUGGUUCUACGUCCUGACGGAGUGGACCGAGCAUGGCGCCCGCAUUGUGGGCUAUUUCUCAAAGGAGAAGCAAUCCUUCCUCAACUACAACCUUUCAUGCAUCAUGACGCUGCCGCAACAUCAACGCAAGGGUUAUGGCAAACUCAUGAUUGAAUUUAGCUACCUUCUUUCAAUUCGCGAGGGCGUGCCUGGCUCUCCUGAAAAGCCAUUGUCAGACCUCGGGCUGCUCAGCUACCGCUCGUAUUGGCGCGAGGCCAUUGUACGGUAUCUUCAUGAACGCAAAAAUAGCUCGCAUGUAUCAGUCCGGGACAUGAGCGAGACAACUGGCAUCCUCGACACAGACCUGAUUAGUACACUCCAAUAUCUUGGCUUUAUCAAGCAAUGGCGCAGCCAAUACGUGAUUUUG